AGUGAACCUUUAACUUCUGAAGCUGUGAGUGGAGUUUGAUCCUGGCGCGACAGACGGAAGCUUCUAGACAAACAUUGCAGGUUCUGCCUCAGGAUUUUGAUGACAUGCCGUGUUACUUGCAUGGAGAAAGCUGUUCAACUGGAAUCAGACAGUGACAGGCGAUUAAAAAAGUAAGUAGGAUUUCAGUUCUUUAGAUCUUCAAGAUGAUUCAUGGGACGUCUGCUGUUAAGAUUCACUCUCUAUUCUCAUUAUUUUAGAUGGAUUUUAGACAGGUUUUGGCGCGUCAGGGCGCCAGCGUGACUCCAUCUCCUUCGCCUUCCACGGAGGGGAAAACAACUUUGACGGCGGUGGACAUUGUGGUGCUGGUGAUCUACUUCUUACUGGUGCUGGCGGUUGGCUUUUGGUCCAUGUGGAGGACCAAGCGCAGCACAGUGGAUGGAUACUUCCUAGCCGGGAAGAGCAUGACUUGGUGGCCGGUGGGGGCGUCACUGUUCGCCAGUAACAUUGGCAGUGGUCACUUCAUCGGAAUGGCCGGGUCGGGAGCCGCGGCAGGUAUUGGAGCCAUUGCUUAUGAAUGGAAUGGCAUGCUGAUGGUGCUGCUGCUCGGCUGGCUCUUUCUGCCUAUCUACAUUGCAUCGGGGGUGACAACAAUGCCUGAGUAUUUGCAAAAGCGCUUUGGCGGCAGGAGAACCCAGCUUUUCAUCACCGUCCUGUCCUUGUUCAUCUACAUCUUCACAAAGAUAUCAGUGGACAUGUACGCCGGUGCCUUGUUCAUUCAGCUGGCACUGCAGUGGAACAUCUACCUGGCUGUGAUUCUGCUGCUGGCUGUCACUGCCCUCUACACUGUUGCAGGUGGUCUGGCUGCAGUCAUCUAUACAGAUGCCGCCCAAACUGCUAUCAUGCUCGUGGGGGCGCUCACACUCAUGGGAUUCAGCUUUGCGGAGGUGGGCGGCUGGAACGCGAUGAUCACAGGGUACUUUGAUGCCAUACCCGCUGUCCGAUACCCCAACUCAACCUGUGGCAUCCCAAGAGAGGACUCCUUCCACAUAUUCAGGGACCCGGUGGACUCUGACCUGCCAUGGCCAGGAGUCCUCAUCGGCAUGUCGGUUCCCUCCAUGUGGUACUGGUGCUCAGACCAGGUCAUCGUGCAGCGUUCCCUGGCUGCCAAAACGCUGACUCAUGCUAAAGGUGGGUCUCUGCUGGCAGCCUACCUGAAGAUUAUACCCUUCUUUGCCGUCAUGUUGCCGGGAAUGAUCAGCAGGAUUCUUUUCACGGAUGAUGUAGCAUGUGCAGAUCCUGACCUGUGUAAGGAGAUCUGUGGAAACCCGGUGGGAUGCUCAGACACGGCGUACGCCCGGCUAGUCAUGGAGCUGCUGCCGGCAGGACUGCGCGGACUGAUGAUGGCGGUGAUGAUCGCCGCCCUAAUGUCUUCACUGACCUCCAUCUUCAACAGUGCCAGCACCAUUUUCACCAUGGACCUGUGGAUGACUUUCAGAGGCAGAGCUUCGGAGUGGGAGCUCAUGAUUGUCGGAAGGGUGUUUGUUCUGGUUCUGGUCUGCGUCUCAGUCCUAUGGAUUCCUAUCGUUCAGGCCAGCCAGGGGGGUCAGCUGUUCAUCUACAUUCAGUCCAUCAGCACCUUCCUGCAACCCCCGGUCUCCAUCAUCUUCCUCAUGGGCUGCUUUUGGAAGCGGACAAAUGAAAAGGGGGCCUUCUGGGGUCUGACUCUCGGCCUGCUUGUGGGCUGCAUCCGCAUGUUGUUGGACUUUAUCUACCCUGUGCCGCCAUGUUAUGAGGUGGACGACAGACCCGCGGUGCUGAAGUAUGUCCACUACCUCUACUUCUCCAUCAUACUGUCAGUCAUCACACUGAUCAUUGUGGUCACAGUGAGUUUGGCCACAGAGGAGCCCAGACCAGAGCAGAUCAGCCGCCUGACUUGGUUCACCAGAAAUGACGCGGUGGUGCCCAAAAGUGACGUCUUCAGUGUGGAGACCAGUCAGGCCAUGGAGCUGGAACACAGCCAGACAGAUUUGGACUAUCUGGGCAACAGUGAGAGAGAGAAACAUCCUUGGACAGACUCUGCAGACUCAUUGUCCAGCGAGAAGAAGCGUUCCAGACUGGUGACUGCUCUCUACUGGCUGUGUGGGAUGGAGCGGAAGAAAGAAGGAGUGAGUGAAGCUCCACCGCCUCCAGCCGUCGUGUGCACUCUGGAUGAGGACCCUCGACACCGACUGAUCGUGAACAUCAACCUCCUCAUCUGCCUCUGCGUCACCAUCUUCAUUAUCGGCUACUGGGCCUAACAGGAAGUGAAUCACUGAUGUAUGGACCGCAAAGACUUUUUAGUGACUCUUCAAGUUCCGCUUGUAUCAGACAGAACUGUUAUUGUAAAACAACAAAAUUGCGUCACUGUUGGUUGUUGAAAUAAUAUUAAGGUUUUCUUCUUUUUUCAGUUUUGUCUUUAUUGUAAGUACAGCUGUAAAGCUUAAACAACAUUGUUCAAAACGUGAGCGUAAUAGGACAGCGCAUACCUUGGUUCCUUACAUUGCCUUGGUUCCCUUUGUGACCUUGUUUGAUUUUUGUGCUUUCAGUUGGUUAUUUUGGCUUUGAUCAUUGUCACGAUUCACCAUUCAUUUUUAGUGGGCCAGUGAGCACAUCCGGUCAUGUGACUAGCCCCAAAUAAAACUAGCACAAAAUGAAUACUGUGGUUCCUUAAAACAGAAUGUGCAGUCGAAUCAAUGGAAUAAAUUAUAUUUUAUGUGAUUGUACAGUAGUGACAAAAUGCGAAUUUACCAGGCCUUUGUCGUAAUUUUUUUUCUUCUUCACGUCUUUCAUUUGUCUUCAAGGAACUGGGUUGCCCCCUUGACAUCUGCUGUCCGUUUGUACUCAUUACACUCGGCAUAUUCAAAAUAAAUUUUAUUCCUAAAAUAGG